ACAUCAUUCAUUACUUUCUCUUUCGCUUAUCCACAGAACCAAGUUAGUCUCAGAGGCUUCCAUUCCAUUAGGUACCAUAUAGUAUCUUCAAACAAAGCAUUUCAAUUCUUUUCUCAAAUUCCCAUCACUCCAACCAUUUCAUCUCAUUAGGAUCAAAGAAGACAAUACAUAGAUUGAUGGGACCAAAGGUAGUUCCAGAAGUGGUGCUAAACUCUGGCCACAGCAUGGCCAUGCUUGGCUUUGGCACUGCAGCUGUGCCUCUCCCACCACAUGAUGAACUCAUUCCUGUUUUCAUUGCCGCCAUCGAAGCUGGCUACCGCCAUUUCGACACUGCAGCUUUAUAUGGCUCUGAGGAGGCGCUGGGCAUAGCACUAGCACAAGCGCAGCACCAAGGUCUCAUUAAGAAUCGUGGUGAGAUCUUUGUCACCACCAAGCUAUGGUGUACUGAUGCACAUCCUAACCUUGUCCUCCCAGCACUCAAGAAAUCACUGCAGAGAUUGGGACUUGAGUAUGUGGAUCUUUACCUAAUCCAUUUUCCAGUGAGGUUGAGACAAGGAAUUGAAGGGAAUAUUUCAAAAGGGGAUGUACUUCCUUUUGACACAAAAGGAACAUGGGGAGCCAUGGAAGAGUGCUCUAAAUUAGGCUUAGCUAAGUCUAUUGGUGUCAGCAAUUUUGGAGUGAUGAAGCUUUCAGAACUUCAGCAAAAUGCGACUAUUACCCCUGCACUUAAUCAGGUUGAAAUGAAUGUAGCAUGGCAGCAGGGGAAUCUGCUAAAAUUCUGCCAGGAGAAAGGAAUUCACUUGAGUGCAUGGUCCCCUUUGGGAGCUAAUGGUGCUUCAUGGGGUACCCUUGCUGUGAUGGAGAGUCCUGUCCUGAAAGAUAUUGCAAUUACAACAGGCAAGAGUGUGCCUCAGAUUGCAUUGAGAUGGAUAUUGGAACAAGGUGUCACUCCAGUAGUGAAGAGCUUCAACAAAGUAAGAAUGAAAGAAAAUCUUCAAAUAUUUGAUUGGAAGCUGAGUGAAGCUGAUUUGGUGAAGAUUAAGCAAAUACCACAACGUAGGGCCCUUUUAGCAAGAGAAUUUGUAACUGAAGAUGGACCUUACAAAUCUUUGGAAGAUCUCUGGGAUGGCGAGGUGUGAUUUCUGAUGACAGAUUUUGUCAAAAUUCAAAAAUCUAUUAACUUAAAAUUAAUCUAAAUUGUUUUGUACAAGCUCACAAUUUGAUUAUUAGUUCUCUUAUUUGAAUCACUAAAAAUUGACAC